AUGAUCGGCCGCGCCUCAAGGCCCGGCCUCGACGACGUCGGAAAGGUCCUCCUGAUGUGCGCGGCCCCCCGCAAGGAGUACUACAAGAAGUUCCUGCUGGAGCCCCUGCCCGUGGAGAGCCACCUGGACGCGGCGCUGCACGACACGCUGGUGGCGGAGGUGGUGGCGCGCACCAUCGAAAACAAGCAGGACGCGGUGGACUACCUGACGUGGACGUUCUACUACCGCCGCCUGAGCCAGAACCCCAACUACUACAACCUCACGGGGGCCAGCCACCGCCACCUCAGCGACCACCUGUCUGACCUGGUGGAGGCCACCAUCGCUGACCUGGAGCAGUCCAAGGGCUGA